UUUUCCCCUGCUUCUUCACUAAUCCCUUGUUUUAUUGGUGGUGUUGGUUCACAUGCACAUGUAUCAUAGUGAUCAUUUGUAUAUAUGAGCAUAUAUCCCACAGAAUAAGGAUCACUGGAUCAGAAGCUUUCUGUGUGUCGCCUGAAUUAUACACCAAGAAUUCAAACUUAUAUUCAGGAGCAUGCUAUGGCUGCUAAUGUCAUAGAGGGCUUGGUAAAAAUCAGUGAAACAUAUUCUCUUAUCUUGGAUCUGCUCAGCGGAUUCAACAUCUUCAAUGAUAACGUACGAGGACUAGAAAUGAAACUUGAAGAGCUCUGCAGCCUGGAAUAUGACAUAAACAAAGAGCUAAAAUUUGCAGAGCUACAACAAGGCAAGAAAAGGAAACGCGAAGUUGAAAAUUGGCUGAGAAAUGUUCAAAGGAAGAAAAUUGAAGUCUAUGGCAUAGUACAGGAAUUGAGAGAUGGUGGAGUACUUAGGCAUCUAAAGUUAACUGUACAAGUGAAGAAACUAACAGGACAAGUGACAGAUCUUGUGAAAAGUGGUAGGUUUCCUAAAGGACUUGUGGGGUGUGCACAGGAAUCAAGAGGAUAUGCAUUUCUGACAACAAAAUUAGCAGGUGCAAUGUUUCGGAAAAAUGUUGGUAAGAUAUGGGACUGGUUGAUGAAUGAUGGUGUGUUAAUUAUUGGUGUGUAUGGCAUGGGAGGAGUGGGGAAAACAAGUAUGUUGAUGCACAUACAUAAUAUGCUUUUAAAAAGUGUCACCAACUUUGAUAAUGUGUUUUGGGUGACUCUCUCACAGUCAUCUAGCAUUCACAAGUUGCAGUGUGAUGUGGCAAAAAUAGUUGGACUAGAUAUUUCCAAAGAGAAUGAUGAAAAGAAAAGAGCAGCAAGACUAUCAUGGUCAUUGAUGAGAAGGAAGAGAUGUGUCCUUUUUUUAGAUGAUGUGUGGAACCAUUUUCCUCUAGAGAAGGUGGGAAUUCCUGUGAGAGCAGAAGGGCUAAAACUGGUUUUGACAAGUCGUUCGUUGGACGUGUGUCGAAGAAUGAACUGUCAAAACAGUGUCAAAGUGGAGCCUCUUUCUAAGGAAGAAGCAUGGAGGUUAUUUGUGGACAACCUUGGACAACACACUACUCUUUCUCCAGAAGUAACUAAGGUUGCUAGAUCUGUUGCAAAAGAAUGUGCUGGUUUACCCCUUGCAGUUAUUACAAUGGCCAGGAGCAUGAGAGGGGUGGAAGAAAUUUGUGAGUGGCGGCAUGCACUCGAAGAACUAAGAAACACAGAAAUAAGGAUGGAGGAAAUGGAAAUGGAGGUACUCCGUGUGCUGAAGUUUAGCUAUGAUCACUUGAAUGAUAACAUGGUACAAGAGUGUUUUUUAUGCUGUGCAUUAUAUCCUGAAGGUUUUGACAUAGACAGGGAUGUGUUGAUAGAAAGUUUUGUUGAUGAUGGACUUGUCAAUGGAAUGAAAAGUUUGGAGGCAAUGUUUGAUGAAGGACACACCAUACUGAAUAAGCUUGAGAACAGUUGUCUUUUGGGGAAAGUGGAAAAUUAUGUUGGUGGAAGGAAAUGCAUGGGAUUACAGGAUGCCAGCAGUCAUAUAGCUAUCAGCAUGAUGAAAAGAGGUUGCCAAUGUGUGGCACCAAUAGAUAAUGUGGAAGGCUAUUAUGUGGGAAGUCAAAUGGUGAAAAUGCAUGAUUUGGUGAGGGCUAUGGCUAUUAAUAUUAUAAAGGUGAACCACCAUUUCAUGGUGAAGGCUGGGUUGCAAUUGACCGAGAUUCCAGAUGAAGAAGAAUGGACUGAGGAUCUGGAGAAGGUUUCCUUGAUGUGUAAUUGGAUACAUGAAAUUCCAACUGACAUAUCACCUAGGUGUCCUAAACUUAGAACCUUGAUUUUGAAGCAUAAUGAAUCCUUGACUUGGAUCUCAGAUUCUUUUUUUGUUCACAUGUCUGCUCUCCAAGUUCUUGAUUUGUCCUUCACAGACAUUGAGGUUUUGCCAAAAUCUGUGGCUGACUUGAACACCCUCACUGCUUUGUUGCUAACAUCUUGCAAGAGGUUGAAGCACAUGCCUUCACUAGCAAAGCUGCAGGGCUUAGUAAGGUUGGACCUAUCUUUUACAGCAAUCACAGAAAUACCUCAAGGUUUGGAAAUGUUGGUCAACCUUAGAUGGCUUAAUCUUUAUGCAAAAAACUUGGUGUCCACAGGAAAAGAAAUAGCAAAAUUGACUCGCCUCCAAUUUCUUAUUCUCCAUUGGUGGUCCAGAAAGAUAAAAGUGAAAGUAGAGCAUGUAUCAUGCCUGAGGAAGUUGGAAACUUUUGCAGCUAACUUAUACAACAUUCAUCAUUUCAAUGCCUAUGUGAAAACAAUGCAUAAAUAUGGACCUAGAAGUUACCUUCUUCAGUUAGACACUGAAGAGUCUCUUGGUAGACCUCCAUGGUGCUUUUUUGCUGAAGUUUGUUUCAGCAAGGAUGCGAUCAUUUCAAAUUGCAAAAUCACAACAGGAGAAACACCCCUUGUGCUCCCUUUAGACAUUCAGCGCUUGAAGAUUGAAAGAUGUCAUGACAUAAGAAGCUUAUGUGAUGUUUUGUCAUUAAAAAAUGCCAGUUCUUUGAAACGCUGUGAGAUUGCUGAUUGUGAUGGACAAGAGUACUUGUUUUCUUCAUCUUGCUCUUCCUCAUGUUGCACUUCUCUUCACAACCUAGAAUCGGUGGAACUCUACAGCCUGAAAAGCUUGCACAUUCUGUGCAAGGAAAAUGAAGCUGUAGCUCACACUUUUCGACCACGAGGAGCAUUUGCUUAUCUCAAGUAUUUUUGCAUCUACCAUUGUCCCGUUAUCAAGAAGCUGCUGACACCUGGAUUGUUAGCUUAUCUACAGAACUUGGAAGAGAUAACCGUUCAUAAUUGCAAGUCGAUGGAGGAAAUAAUUUCAGUAGAUGGCAUAGAUUAUGAAAGCUCUUGUGGUAACAAAUCUGGUAUGGCCAACAUAAAGGCUGUAGUAGUCACACAUUCAAAGUUAGUAUCAUUAUCAUUGAAGCACCUACCAGAACUCAGGAGCAUAUGUAAAGGACUAAUGGUAUGUGAGUCUCUACAAAACUUUAGGAUCUUUGAAUGUCCAAAACUUGUUAGGCUCCCUGAAACUACUACCCCAGUUCAGACUCUUUACGAUUCUUUUUGACUGAGACCAUAGUCUAGGAUUAACUAUUAGAUAUACAUUGAUGGGGUCGGGUGACUGAAAUCUAAUUGAAAAUUUGUUGAUUGAAAUGUAAAUAUUGAUGAAGACUGUAUGAUUAAUUGAUUGCAUUAUCUAAUUUAUGAAAUCCUAAGUGGAGACUAUUCUGACAAUGGUGGAGUGGAAUGUGUAUACAAACUAAUGUCUAAUGUUAAUAUAGAAGUUUAACUUCUCACCUAU